GAGCGGUUGUGCGAUCAGAUCGAUCUAAGAUGGCGACUGUGGAACCGGAAACCACCCCUACCACAAAUCCCCCACCUGCGGAAGAGGAAAAAACAGAAUCUAAUCAGGAGGUUGCUAACCCAGAGCACUAUAUCAAACACCCUCUACAGAACAGGUGGGCACUCUGGUUUUUUAAAAAUGAUAAAAGCAAAACUUGGCAAGCAAACCUUCGAUUGAUCUCUAAGUUUGAUACUGUUGAAGACUUUUGGGCUCUAUACAACCAUAUCCAGUUGUCUAGUAAUUUAAUGCCUGGCUGUGACUACUCACUUUUUAAGGAUGGUAUUGAGCCUAUGUGGGAAGAUGAGAAAAACAAACGGGGAGGCCGAUGGCUAAUUACACUGAACAAACAGCAGAGGCGGAGUGACCUCGAUCGCUUUUGGCUAGAGACACUGCUGUGCCUUAUUGGAGAAUCUUUUGAUGACUACAGUGACGAUGUAUGUGGAGCUGUUGUUAAUGUUAGAGCUAAAGGUGAUAAGAUAGCUAUAUGGACUACUGAGUGUGAGAACAGAGACGCAGUCACACACAUAGGGAGGGUAUACAAGGAAAGGUUAGGACUUCCUCCGAAGAUAGUGAUUGGUUAUCAGUCCCACGCAGACACAGCUACGAAGAGCGGCUCCACCACUAAAAAUAGGUUUGUUGUUUAAGAAGACACCUUCUGAGUAUUCUCACAGGAGACUGCGUCACGCAAUCGAGAUUGGGAGCUGAACCAAAGCCUCAUGAGAGCAGAGUGGACUGCAUUGAAGCUGAUUCCAUCUAAAUGUUGCUAAGAUAUAAGAGAAGUCUCAUUCGCCUUUGUCUUGUACUUCUGUGUUCGUUCUACCCCCACCCACCCCCAAUUUUUGCUAGUGUGUCCACUAUCCCAAUCAAAGAAUUACAGUAUACACCACCCUGGAACCUGCAGGUGUGUUCCUGGCCCGCUAUGUAACAGCCGGUUAGAAUUACCAUGACACACACAUUUGCCUUUCCACAGUAUUUGAAAAAGAACUUACAUUUCCAUUACCUUAGCAGAAAAAGAUCUGUUUCUGCUCCACUCCACACAGGAGCGAGUUUUGCUGGUGUGAGAGUCUGAGUACAGCUUUCUAGCAACCUUGUGUUUCUUUUCACAGCAGUGUCCUUGCUGUCCUCUUGCUGAUGGCUGCUAGACUUUAAUUUAUUUGCUUCCCUCCUUGAUAACAUUAGUGAUUCUGAUUUCAGUUUUUCAUUUGUUUUGCUUUUGUUUUUUCCUCAUGUAACAUUGGUGAAGGAUCCAGGAAUAUGACAGAAAGGUGGAAUAAACAUUAAAUUUGUGCAUUCUUUGGUAA